AUGUCAAGCGGCCCUUCUCCCUCAGUGCGAUGCCUCAUGUCGGACCUGUUUAGGCACCUCGGAAAGAAGGUCAGAUUUUUAGGAUGCGUAACUUUUUACAAUACUCAAACAGGCUGGGUGACUCUUGAGCAUAAUUAUCAUGGAAGAAUCUAUACAGCCUAUGUCGAUGCCAAGCUUAUUCUCGAGUCCCUCCAGCACGAUCAUGUAGAUGUAGGGCAAUGGGUUCAUGUGGUAGGAUACGUCAACUCUGCCGAGCUCAUGUCGCCGCAUGCACCAUCAGAGGGGCGGAGUCGAUUUACCGUCAGAGUCCAGGCUCUUGUUCUUUGGACCGCCGAAGAUCUGGAUAUCUCAGCAUACGAGAAGACGUUCGAGAGGACAGUCGCUUUCAACAGAGUGGCCGACCUAGAAGACCCUUCUACUUCCUCAUCCACACAACCGGUGGAGUGA